GGGGCCAGUAUAAGUCGGCCUUCUGUCGGUGAGACAUCGACAAGUCAGAUGGUUAUCGUCAACCCAGUGAUUGCUGUCUUACUGGUGUAAACAUAAGGGCCUUUUCCCCUGUAGCACUGGCCAGGAGGACUCAAUCAAAAGGAGCCAUUUCAGUGGAGCAUAAUUUGGGUAUCGCUGGUAUUGUGGUUGAGGUUAGACACGAGGCUGAUAAAUCAGAAAUAACUGAUUUCCUGAUUUCCUUGAGUUUUCCGGAUCUGUCCCUCGACCAUUAAUUUCCCACAUUGCUGACGGUAAAGGACUUCAUUCGGCAGAUCGUAUCAUAUAAUCGAUAUCGUUGGGCAACUCCCGUUGGAACAAAAAAGAGAUCUUGCGAGCUAAUUUGUGCAUGGCUACCGUAAUUGUUGGCUAGGUGGCCAACGAAAUUUCCGAGGGGCAGACGCAAUCCAGCAGUUUGUAUCCGAUGAGUGCUAGAUUGACAGGAGGUCAUAUGGUGAAGCAGAGGCGGUUUAUCGGCAACACAAACAACAAAAUGAUAAAUAUCAGAGAAAAGUCAUUACGUAAAAUUUAAGUAUUCGGAAGAAAUAUUUGAUAGUUCAAUGAAAGAAGGAUUUUUCGCGAAGACGCUCAAUAAAGCUGAAAAGGAUCUGUCCAUUGAAAAAGGUUGGAGAAAGUGCUUAAUGGACGCAAUGAAUUGAUCUUUUAUUGUGAUUGAAACGUGAUUGAUGUUUUCAUUUACCAAACGCCCUCUUUAUUAUAACAGAAGAUUCUUUUUUAGGUACAUGAGACUGGAUUAUUGGAAAAUUGAGUAUAAAUAUCAAUUUAUGAGGUUAAUGGAAAACCAAAGGCAUUAUCGUGAUAUAUUAUUGUAAAUAUAUUGUCUACAUAUUCGUGAACAACGGAUUGUGGCAAUUAGCCAGAAAUAAAAGGUGCAUAGUCAAUUAUUCAAUGGGAGAUGAAUAGUUAUUGGAUUAUUUAAAGAAUUGAAACCUAUUGGAUGGUGGGUUCAGUCGGAGCACAAUACUAUUUUUAUUGUUUUCAAUUGAUCUUGUGCCGUCGUGGCAGUGUUUCAUCAUAAUGAGUUGUUAACUGAGAAUGCGCGAUGACGCAGCGGAUGUAUCAGUGGUCAACGAGCCCUCGCGAGGCCGCACCUCAGGGUAUCCAAAUGGAGCCCCCGAGAAUAAACUCCAAUCACCGAGGAAAAAUCCUCUCGAGGUACACAGAGCAAGACAAGGAGAAGGAUGAAUGGGAAGCCGAUUACAUGCUAAAGGAUAAUGAAGAACCGAUUGAGUUUGUCCCACCGCAAACUAAGGAGGAGGAAAAGCCAACACCGACACCAUCUCUUCCACCCGUGCCUUAUUACAAACUCUUCCGAUUUGCGACACUCAGUGAGUUGAUGUACGUAUUUGCGGGCCUGUUCAUGGGGACCUUGACAGGCCUAUGUAUUCCAAUAUCAACGAUUCAGUAUGGUGAGUUCACAACUCUCCUCGUGGAUAGAAACACCAAGAAUAAGACUAGCACACCUACCCUCAUCAUGGCUUGGUUUGGCGGUGGAGCGGUCUUAGGACCUAAUGCAACAGUGGCAGAACAAAUGGAUGCCUUGUACGACGACUCAGUGGCAUUUGGCGUGUCAUGUGCAGCUCUAUCAACAUUGCAAUUCUUCUUCGCUAUAUUUACAGUGGACUUCCUCAAUGUAGCGGCCUUCAGACAAAUUGCCAGAGUCCGUAGGAUGUUCUUGAAAGCUGUAUUGCGACAGGAUAUGUCUUGGUACGACACCAAUACAUCAACAAACUUUGCCAGCAGGAUAACAGAAGAUUUAGACAAAAUGAAGGAGGGAAUAGCCGAGAAACUUGGAAUUUUCACGUACCUCAUGGUAUCCUUCAUAUCAUCCAUCAUUAUAUCGUUUAUAUACGGGUGGAAGCUAACUCUAGUGGUUUUGAGUUGCGCCCCAAUCAUCGUUAUUGCCACAGCAAUUGUGGCUAAAGUUCAGAGUUCCCUGACUGCCCGUGAAUUGAGUGCUUACGGUCAGGCCGGAAGCGUUGCAGAAGAGGUACUCGGAGCAAUAAGAACAGUAGUGGCAUUUGGUGGUGAAAAAGUAGAAGUUGCUAGAUACACGAAGAAACUGGAACCGGCGGAGAGCACGGGAAUCAAACGAGGCCUGUGGUCGGGUGUUGGCGGUGGUGUCAUGUGGUUUAUCAUCUACAUGAGCUAUGCUCUGGCAUUCUGGUAUGGAGUGCAAUUGAUUCUCGAGGACAAGCCCAAAGACAUUAAAGAGUAUACACCAGCAGUUCUUGUCAUUGUAUUCUUUGGGGUUCUUGCGGGUGCCCAAAACAUGGGUCUUACAUCCCCCCAUCUUGAGGCAUUCGCUGUGGCACGUGGUUCAGCAGCAGCAAUUUUCCAAGUGUUGGAUCGUGUACCCACGAUCGAUAGUCUCAGCAGUGAGGGUCUCAAGUUGAAGAGCUUUAAUGGUGACAUAGAAUUUAAGGAUAUACACUUCCGUUAUCCAGCCAGGCGGGACGUCAAAGUUCUCCAGGGAUUGAAUUUGAAGAUUAAACAUGGUGAAACUGUGGCAUUGGUCGGUGGCUCCGGCUGCGGUAAAUCUACCUGUUUGCAGCUGAUUCAGCGGCUUUACGAUCCCCUACAGGGCCAGGUACUGUUGGACGGCAUUGAGAUACCCAAAUUGAAUGUCGCAUGGAUGAGGUCACACAUUGGUCUUGUGGGUCAGGAGCCUGUUCUAUUUGACACAACUAUCCGUGAAAAUAUACGCUACGGUAACGAUAACGUUACAGAAGAAGAGAUGAUCAAAGCGGCAAAGGAAGCGAAUGCACAUGACUUCAUCAGUAAACUGCCUGAGGGUUAUGACAGUCCAGUGGGUGAGCGUGGCUCUCAAUUAUCAGGCGGUCAGAAGCAACGAAUAGCCAUAGCACGUGCUUUAGUCAGACGACCAGCGAUUCUAUUGCUUGACGAGGCAACAUCCGCUCUCGAUCUGCACAGUGAAGCUACGGUACAACGCGCCCUGGAUGCUGCAUCCAAAGGCAGAACAACGGUUAUCGUAACUCAUCGCCUGUCAACAAUCACCAAUGCAGACCGAAUUGUUUUCAUAAAAGACGGACAAGUCGCUGAAAUGGGAACCCAUGAGGAGCUUCUCGCACUGGGAAAUCAUUAUCAUGCUUUAGUAUCAGCUGAUGCCAGUGCAACGGCCAGAGCAAAGGCAACGGCAUCGGCAGUAAAAACCGUGACAGCGACAAAGCCGAAGCCGAAGCCUCCCCUCAAGAAGCAGUUCUCUACUCUGUCUAUGCACUCACACCGUCUCUCGUUGGCUGGUGGAUCGACAACAUCUGAAGAGGAGCUCGAUGAGCACGAAAAGCCAUACGAUGCACCGACGAUGAGAAUUUUUGGCCUAAACAAACCGGAGUGGCCAUAUAACGUGAUUGGUUGUCUAGCUGCUGGUGUUGUUGGUGCAUCAUUUCCAGCGUUUGCUGUACUAUUUGGUAAAGUGUAUGAAGUAUUAGGUCUACCGGAUGACGAUGAGAUUCGCGAUGAAACCGUAAACUUCUCAAUUCUUUUCAUUGUGGUGGGUAUCAUCACGGGGGUUGGUACGUUCCUACAAAUGUACAUGUUCGGUCUUGCGGGCGUUAGAAUGACCACUAGAUUGAGGAGUAUAACGUUUGCGGCGAUGUUGAAACAAGAAAUGGGCUGGUUCGAUGAGGAUUCCAACAGUGUUGGUGCAUUGUGCGCUAGAUUAUCGUCAGAUGCUGCUGCUGUUCAAGGUGCAACUGGAAGCAGAGUUGGAUCGAUUCUUCAAGCCAUGUCGACACUCGUUCUUGGUGUUGGAUUGUCAUUGUACUUCACUUGGAAGAUGACACUUGUGUCGAUUGUCUCAAUUCCCCUGGUGCUGGGGGCUGUGUUUAUGGAAGCAAGAAUAAUGGGCGGUCAGGGAAUGGAGGAGAAGAGAAAAAUGGAAUGUGCCACUAGGAUAGCUAUUGAGGCAAUAUCAAAUAUACGUACUGUUGCGAGUUUGGGGAAAGAGGGCGCCUUUCUGGAUCGCUAUUGCGUUGAACUGGCAAAGGUUGCUGCAGCAACCAGAACGCGAAACCGUUUACGUGGUUUGGUAUUCUCUUGCGGUCAGACUAUACCGUAUUUUGGAUAUGCCCUUAGUCUCUAUUACGGUGGCUAUCUUGUGGCUAGAGAGGGCCUCCCCUAUAAAGACGUGAUCACAGUAUCCGAGGCACUGAUCUUUGGAUCGUGGAUGCUUGGUCAAGCACUUGCUUUCGCUCCCAAUUUCAACACAGCAAAAAUAUCAGCAGGUAGGAUUUUCCGAUUGUUGGAUCGAGUCCCUGAAAUUAUGACACCACCGGAAUUGGAUGAUAGGGAUAAAGAUUGGAAGGCCGAUGGACUCAUACAAUUUUCCAAAGUGGAAUUUCACUAUCCGACUCGGGUUGAGAGUCAGAUUCUUCGUGGUCUCAAUUUGAUUGUUAAGCCUGGACAAAUGGUUGCAUUGGUUGGACAGAGUGGAUGCGGUAAAUCAACGUGCAUUCAGCUACUUCAACGGCUUUAUGAUCCAGUGUCGGGCACGGUUACCAUGGAUAGACGUGACAUUUCAUCGGUAUCGCUUGCUGCAUUGAGAGCCCAGCUCGGAGUUGUAGGACAAGAGCCUGUAUUGUUUGAUCGUACCAUCGCUGAAAAUAUUGCUUAUGGAGACAAUAAUCGGAUUGUCGGCACGGAGGAGAUCAUCGAAGCAGCCAAGAAGUCCAAUAUUCAUAGUUUCGUCAGCUCACUACCUCUGGGGUAUGACACAAGGCUCGGUAGCAAGGGCACUCAAUUGUCGGGUGGUCAGAAACAGCGAAUUGCUAUAGCACGUGCUCUGGUCAGAAAUCCACGUAUACUCCUUCUGGAUGAAGCAACAUCGGCUCUCGAUACACAGAGUGAGAAGGUCGUGCAAGCGGCUCUAGAUAAGGCCAUGGAGGGUAGAACUUGCAUCACUAUAGCUCAUCGUCUUGCUACCAUAAGAAACGCAGACGUGAUUUGCGUUUUUGAAAAGGGUACAGUAGCUGAGAUGGGUACACACGAUGACCUCAUUGCAGCUGAUGGUCUCUACGCUCACCUUCACGCUCUCCAGGAAGCAGCCAUGGAAUAAAUGACAAAAUUAUCGGAGUCUCGGUAUACUUUCCUUUUUAUUCCCUCCCUCUUUCUUUCUCUUCGUAAUCUGACAUAGGGGAAGGAACAAUGUCGUGGAAAAUGAAAGGUGAAAAUUCUUGUGAAAAUAGUGAUGUUCUCUCUAGAUCACGCAUUUAAAUUAUACGUGUAGUUUCGUGGACGAAAGUCAAACCGACAAAUUGAGAACAUGUUCAGGUGAAAUCACCAUUUUUCUAUCGUCUCUUUCAAUUUUAUCCUUGAUGAACGGAGGCUUUGGCACAUUUGCCAAGAUUUUCUGAUCUUUUUUAAUGUGAAAAAUAGAAGAAAUGGGAAUUUCGGUUGGAUAGGUAGUUUGGUUGACCACAGUAGACUUGGGUUCCUUAUUAAUCAUAACUAGGUAUUUCUUUGAGGUAGAAGUGUAGGUUGUGCGAGAAUUUAUUCGCAGAGAUUGGUGCUGAGAUUGAUGCUGAGAGAAUUUAUUUUCGUAUAGAAUUGUUUUGUAAGUAAAUUAUUCAGUGUUUUUCCUUCAGUUUCCGUUCCUUCAUAUUUAUGAUGGGAUAUCUUUCGGUUAGUUUUAAUUUGUUUAUCUUUUAGAUUGAGUAAAAGGUUUUUUUUUAGAGAGAAUAAUAGCAAUUGGCCUGUAUCGAUUAAACGGCAGCCGCAGACUCUCGGAGUAAAUCUCGAUGUUAUAUUAUUGCUCUAUUCAUACACAAAUAACACAGUUAGUCUCCCAUUUUGUACUAAUGAAUUGCCAUUCUUUCGGUAGAGUUAUAAUCAUUGUAUUCCAUAUUGUUUCGAUCAUUCUUAUUUUAUUCUCUCAAUUGCGAAUAUUUUCAUAAUGUAUUUUUGUCGUUGUUACGCUCAGCAGAGACUAGACAAACUUUGCCAGCAAAAAAAAAGAACACGUUCCCAUCAUUAUCGAUGGAAUAAUCUUUAACAUAAUAUUUUUUUUUCCUCGCUUAUUGCAUCCAACGAUAAUUAGAUACUCGGCCGCUCAUCACGGUAGGGUAAUGUACUUAUUCGCUGACGUAAAAAAGGACCGCAGGGGAACGCAAAAAACGCCCAGCGAGGCGAAAUCUUUCUUGUUAGCUCUCGUUAAACGAGGCAUGUAGAAGCUCCGCAAGUAAAAAAAAAACACGAGAAGUGUCUUUGCUAGUUAUAUUUUUUUAGAAUUCUUUAAAUUGCGGCAAUUCUUUUUCUUCUACCUGAGAAUUCAGAGGGAAUAUACUGAUAGUUGAAUUUUUUAUUGAAUAUAUUGUAGGAAAUACGUAUGUGCCUAUAUUGUGUCAAGUUUUGAUAUCUUGUACCGUGAAAGUAUGAAGUUCAAACGAUGCAUGAAUAUGCCGCCAAAAUCGAUGCACAAAAUCUAAUAGCAGUCGUUUAUGGCGCAUCUACGUUUUUUUGGGACAAUUAUCCUGUCGUAAUGCAUAUGAAAAAUCAAAUGGAAUAUCUGACCCAUUCGGUGGAAACACUAUGACAAUUAUAUUUGUUUUUCAUUGGAAAAAGAUAACUUUAUGAACCAUCUGUUGUUUUUUUUACAUAUGUUUAAACUAUAUAAAAUCGACAAAUUCUUUCCUGUAAUUUUUCCGCAUUACGAAAUUCAGGAAAAUAGAAUAUAAUCAUGAUAGAUUGCGCUUGAUUUUAAAAUUAUAACAAUGAUUUUUGUUCUGUCCAUAUUAUUUGUGAAGGUGUGAAGAGAACUUGUGGAAUUUUUGAUAGAAAAAUUUUGUUCUAUUUUCAAUAGAUUUUCAAUUAAAUUCAUUGAGGGAGGCAUUUUACUUUUGGAAUUAUGUGAUCAAACAAAAUUGAGGGGUGCCUUUCGCCAAUUUGUUUAUUACCCAAUGACAAUAUAUUUGCGUAAAUAUUCGUAUAUUAAAGAAUAUUGACAACUCUUGAAAACCCACGUUAAAGUUACAACUGUACUUAUUGCAAUUAUUGAUCAAUGGGGGUAGGAUGAAUUAAAGUGUUACUGAAAAGAUGUAAAUACAAUAUGCAGAUAUUGACGCGUGGUCUAACUUAGCAGUUCAGUGAUACUAGCUAUUACAAUAUACAUGAACGAGUAUUACUUUUUGUGUUUUUUUUUGUUCAAUGUUAAGAGAGACGAGGAAAUAUUGAAUUUAUUGUAAUCAGCCAUGUACCAACUUAUGAGCAUGAGAAAAUAAAUCGUUUUAAUGCGAAAA